UGCUUAAAACAAAUUUAUUUUGUAGGAUGUUCUCCUCGUUUGAACGUUAUCUCCCAUGGAAACAGAUGAUUCCAUACGGUCCUUCAACAAAGACGAACCAGCAAAAGAGGUUAAAGGAAAUUGGUACAUGUACAACUGUACAAUGUAUUUACCGUUGUUACCCAGUUUAAUUUUAAAGUAGGGCAUAAAUUAUUGAAUGAGGUAGAGUACGAUGCGAAAGAUUGUGCAAAUUGAAUAGAAUGAUGCCCACCUCAGAUCACCAUAAUUCUGCACAUCACAUAAAAACCAAAUAACAAUUAUUGUGUUGUUUUUCAUUGUAAACAUUUCUAUAUUUGUAAACUUUUAAAAAAAACUUUGGCCUAUUCCCAGCACAGUUCCAGGAUAUCUGAAGGCGUUUUUUCUUGCAUAUACUUCACAAAACGUAGAUAAUAUUCAUCAAAAAACAUGAUUUCCAGUCUUAGUCAGAUAAUUUAGCUAUUUCAUCUUGGUAUAGGUGUAAACACACAUAUUUCGUUCACUCAAUAUUGCCCAAGCAGCCUUGUCGCUAGGCAAAUAUACCAUGUACUAACCCUGCUUCUAAAACCAUAUAUCAUGGGAUCAAGGGUAUAUUGCUUGCAUCCUCCAAAUAUGAAAAGUACCUGUUGGUUAUAAAUUAGCUGGGGGCUUGAGCCAAUUGAAAAUGGUUACGUAUUUUGAAUGAACAACAAUAAUUGACAUAUUUAUUUAUUUAUCUUCGAAAGUUCGCCUCGUGCCCAUCCUCUUUAUCUCUAUACUAUAACUUAAGCUUAAUUCUGACUUUGUCUUUUUGAAGAUCUGGAAAUAAAAGCCACUGGAAAUAAAAUGACCUUUAGGGUAAACCUGAAGCUAUUUAAAAUUUGUCUGCUGCGCAUUUAAUGAUUUUGCAGGACAUUCUUCUCGUUCUUCUUUUAUAUAUUCUGUAAAAAAGGACACAAGGACAUUGCCAAACAGUCCAUCAGUGAAGACCAGUCAGCAGAAGAGACUGAAAAAAUAGGUUAAACUUUGCAAUGUAUUCAUUUAUAUCACUGUUUUUACACUGAGGCUAAAUCCAACAAAUAUAAUAAUAAUUUCUUAUCCAAUCUUUCAGCUGAUUAUUGUAUACCUGGGAAUGUAAUUCUUACUUUAAUUAAAUAAAUAGUUAUAUUUGCUUAUUUGAAAAAUUCCAACUAUUUCAUUAUUGCUACACAGCAAUUUUAAACUAGGCAACCUUAACAGCAUAUUAUAGUCUUGUUAUAAAUUAAAUCUGCCAGUAUUUCAUUUUUUGAUCCCAGUGAGUUUUAUAUUGGGACAGGCAGAAAAAGAGGGGAAGGGUGGGCUUAAAGGGGGUGUGGUGCAUAUUAUUUAAUUUAUUGCAGGCACAAAGUAUUAAUACAAUAAGAUAGCAUUUAUAGAUCUACAAAGUAAUAAUAUUUUCUUAAUAGGGUCUUACAUUUGCACUAAAAUUCAUGGUGUCCAUCCUUAAUCAGGUAAAAACCUAUCAUUAUAAAGCAAUCAUGUUAUAAUUUCACUCUUUAGGUUGAAAUAUUUUUUAUUUUAUACAAAUGGUUUCGAUUUUCUAAUCAUGAGCCACAUUUGUAUGUACCCGUUAACACGGUUAAUUUUCUACCUGGUUCAAAUAUUUUUUGUUUUUAAUUUAUUAAAUUUCAGGUAUUUUAAUGAGAAACUUACUGGGAAAAAAAGAAUAAAGGAACCAAACACUGGUGGCAUGGCACAAGAAGAGAAGCCUGCAGGGAGAGAGAGAGAAGGGAAGAAAAGAAGAACUGCUGCCCAAGUUCAUGAUUUUUUCAGUUCAAAGAUGCAAUGCCAAAUAAAGUAUUUUUUAAGUGUUUUACAUUGUGAUAUCUGUUUUUCCUAAACUGGGGUUUGUUUGUCAACAAUAGCUCCAUAGGCACACAACAGUUCAAUAACCAUACCAGUAGGGUUUACACAGUAUCUUUUACAUCUUCAAUGCAAAAACACCGAAAAUCGAGUUUUUUCCUUUAUCUAACAUAAACUUAAGCUUAAUUCACUAUAUACAAAUUUAGAGACACCCAUCUGGGCCCUUACUAUCUGUAUUUCGUGAAAAAUGUAAGAAAGACGUGCUGUUUUUCUGCUGGAAACGUCACUUAUGUAAAAAAAGAAGUGAAUAAAAACCCGCAACACCUACUUUUUGUGUUUAUUUAUUAAUUCGUUUUUUCUGGAGAGACACUUUUGAUGCGUCGUUUUAAAACAAGUGCUUGAAGAUGCCCAGAAAUGCCGUAACGAAGCAUAUGUUGACAAUAUACACGUUUGCCUUGUUUUCUGUUUCGACGAUAGUCCGUAACCUCAGCUCCUCCAUCUGCAGAGAUUCAUUGGCACAAAUUCAAGAAAGAAGUUCAUCGUCUGGUACCUGUUGCUACGCGUGAAAGUCCACUUAAGUUGAACAAAACUUGGUCUCGCGGAUCCUUUUUUAAGAAACCGAAACUCUGUUUUUCGCUGUGGCAUGUACAUAGAAACUCUUCCUGUUCAAAUGACGGAUUUUCAGCUACUUUGGGCUGAAGUUGCAGUAACCUGACAAAAAGGCCGCCAUAUUUGAUCUGGCAGUAUCGGCUAGGCGUUCUCGGCGUGUAUCUCUCGGUGACGUCACAGCUCACGGUAGAGUCCAGGAUUGACCGAGCCGAGAGUGCCUAGGGACUAGGCUGUGUCGAACCUACUUUUGUUGCUGUCCUUUAGCACGCGCAAACACAUUUCCAUGGCCUUUCGUACCAAUUCUUUCAAAUUUCUUUGAAAAAAAGAGAACUCAAAACCACCCACAAUGCCUUUCAGGAUUGUCGCUUGCACUUUUCCUGACAACCUUUCUCGAAAUAGCUGUAUACAAUGACCAUAAAGGAACAAGACCAAUACACAUACCUGCCUUGUACCGCUUGACUGUUCUAGGAUUUGUGUUACUUUAGAUAUUUUUUGUCACAAACGCUACUUUUCGUCUCUGCUUCUUCUUUUUUCCUUUAUCUUACUUGUAAAAAGUUUCUCGAAAAGUUUUUCAACGUCUUCACUUGCUCAAAACAGAAUAAUCGCAAAAACAUCUUGCAUAUCAGCGAGUCUCUCGAAGCGAUGACACACUAUCAGCACUCGUGAAGAUUUCUGUCAGUUAAUUUAUUAUAUAGGCAUUCUCAAGUUGUCAAGUACUCUUUUCGCCUCUGUUUCUCCAUUUUUUCUCACUGUAAAUAACUCAUUCUAAACUUUUUUCGAGGCUUUCACUUGCUCAAUCCGAAAUAAUCUCACAAACAUUUUCAAAACCGCGCACCAUGUUGAGCAAAACAAAGCACAAGUUUCCCGUGACGUCAUCCAUGUAUCUGUACUCUAAUAGAACAUGGGUAACGACCAAUCACAGCGCGCGCACAGUCACAUCCCUGUCUAAACUAUUUUAUUAAAAACUGAACCACUGGCCAUUGAUAAACCAAUCCUAGAGCUCUGAUUGGCCUAGCUAGCUAUCAUGGUAUAUCAGCCAUUAUACCAUGCUCUCUAAAUAUGGUAACUGUACACGUCUACUUAAAAUUAAAAACAAGCUGAAAAUCGGUUGCUUUUACAAAUAAAGUCGGGAAGAAUUCUACUGAAUAAAUAAUAAAAUUUUACUGAAUAAAACAGUUAUUCCACUCGCGCUUGUUGGAUAUGGGAUAAUUGUAGGCAACUCGGCGCUACGCGCCUCUUCGGCUCCCUACCAUCUACUCAUAUAUAAAUCCAACGUGCACUCGUGGGAUAAUGGUUAAAUCGACCAUAGAACUGACGUCAAAAUUUUCAAAGCCCUGCAGUGCAGUGAAACCCCUCACCUGCGGCUUGUGGUUUCACUUGAGUUUUGAACAUUUUGGUGUUAUUUCUAUGAUCGAUACGAUUACAGACCAUGACAAAUUGUUGUAGAUUUGCAUGGGCACAAGGGAGGUGCUCGCUCUCGCUGGGUUAUAGGCUCCAGCUCCUGCUCAGUUCAUUGGUUUGAAAAACGAACGAGCAACUCCGUUUUGCCCAUGCAACGGCGUUUUCGCAGACCAUUUUAUUUUUUAAUCGAUUUUCUAGUGAAUUUUGAAUAUCAAAUAAGUUUUACAGAACAGUCAUUAAUCAUCCGGUGCUUCCAUGAUACAUUUAUACAUUGAUCAUAAAAAUGGUAUGUUUUUGGUUUCUUUUCUUCAAGGUUAAUGUGGUUUCCUUCAACACAGAGGCCUUAACAGAUAGUGGUUCUGAAGUCACGUCUUGUUUUAGUGAGCGGUUAGCUCUAGCAGUUCCUGAGAAUAAAAAAAGCUUAGAGAAAUACAUUGAUGGACCCAGGUUUAUUGCUCAACGUAAGUCUGUUGUAAUAGUAAUGAGCUUUUAUUUUCAGUAUCGUGUUAUACCCCAGCAAGCUCACUAGCCUGCUAGCAGUCGAAGGGAGGGGGGGGGGGGGGGCGGGGGGGGGGGGGGGGAAGGGAAGGAAACCGUUUCCUUUUUUUUCCGGCGCCUGCCCCCCCCCUUCCCUUUUUUGCAUCUUUAUGCCUCGCCGGCCUUUCGUCUUUCAACACCUAAACCUAAGGGGAACGGACACGGCUGCCACCCAGGCAAGAAGAUAGAGAGAAAAAAAUAAGGAGAGGGGAGUGGUGCGGUUCUCGGAUUUUGUGCAGUUGUGGUUGGUUGAGGUUGUUAGUUGUUUCUUUUUUUGGAGUUGGUGUGCCCACCCGCGGGGCGGGGGGGGGGGGGGGGGGGGGGGGGGGGGGGGGGGGGGGGGGGGGGGGGGGGGGGGGGGCGGAGAACGGAAGGAAACCGUUUCCUUUUCUUUCCAGCGCCUGCCCCCCGCACUUCCUUUUUUGCAUCUUUAUGCCUCGCGCGACUUUCGUCCUUGCAACGCUAGACCUAAAGGGAACGGACACGACUGCCACGCAGGCUACAAGUUCUUGUGAGCGGCCAUUUAACCUUUACAUCUUUAGUGGCCACUUAUGGAACCUUGAUUCUCUUAAAAGGCGAGGGACCUGUUUCUCCAAAGGCCCGAGAACAUUUUUUAAGCCGGAAGGCAAAUUUUCAGAUCAAAACAUGUUGAAUAGUAGCACAGUUCCUAGCUCACAAACCUGUCAAUUUUGCUUGGUUAACUGAUAGCUUCAUUGGGUCAUUUGCAAAUUAUUGAAGCUUGAAUGCAAACACGGCCAACAUAAACCAGCUCUCCGGGCCGGAAAAGUUUCCGAGCAUAUCGAGAAACGGGGCCCAAGCUCCAGUAACGUACAUGUUUGUUGCGUCCGGAGGCUGUCCACUUACCAGACUUUUCAUGGUAGUUCCUUACAAAAUCAUAUGACCAGUCGUGGCAUCAAGGUCCCGCUGCUGCAGUCCUAAUAGGAACCAUGAUCAUCAGCAUACCUGCAGUCUGCCAUACAUACGAAAGAAAUGUAGUCGUUAGUUUAGCGGUCGUUUCUUUGGAGAAAAUGGAGACUGUCCACACACUCUCUAGUUUUCUCCAACCUCGUCUCCAAUUCAGGUAAUUCAGUAAGAAAAUGGCCAUAUGAAAAUAAUUUAUGCAUUAUACCGAAAUCGAAAUGGCGGAAAGUAUGUCCACUCCAACGAAGAUUUCUGCAAGAAAUCCAGUUCGCAGGCUAUGUGGCGGUUCUCAUGAGGGUCGCUAUAUGCUUUGAAUAUUCACCAAGGCCGGUUCAUCUAAAGAUUUGUGUUUAUAAAAGCUGUGGUAUAAAAAUUUCUGAGGACGACACGAGGUUAGCAGUGCUAUGUAGGAGUUGCGUCACAUUCGUAGACAAAAUGGAUCAGUUUAUUCGGAGAGCUUAAUCUCUAGACAAUACGCCAUCUUAUAUAAACUCAGAAUAUUCGAUUCUGUAAAGCGCUGCGUUCAACUUUUACCGACUUUGCAUCAGCCAUCAAAGCGUCUACUUGUAUUAAAGGAUAUGCCAACCGAAAGUUUCGAUGUGGUUGUUAGGCCUUCACAACUUCUACAUUUUCUCUGAGUAGAUGUGAUUUUAGCCGCUUGUUUCACACUGAGAGGUCAUGGCACACAUAUCGAUUAACUGUGGUUUUCGUUCCUAGUCGGCAAUAUUUACCCUCUGAUGCAAGAGCCUUUACUUUGACCUCUUUUGAGGCGUAAAGCUUGUUACACGACUGAAUAAGUGUUCCAAUUUUCUCCAAAGUGCCUUCUGGAUCUGAAUAACAAGGCGAUUUUCUUUAGUCCGUGAAUGUAAUGUUUUUCUGCAAUGUUGUAUCACACUGGGCCCAGCUCGUCAGUUUACUUUGCAGGAUGUUAAAUUAUUAUCGAGGACAGUGAUUUUUACAGAUCCAAAAUUAUCUGAAUUAUAAGAAUGAAGUGAAGGCUUAAACUGAAGCUGCAUCAACUAUGGAGAAUUGCAUUGUGACUCAGUACACUCUGACAGCAUAGUCUUUUUCUGAAGAUAAUAUGAGCCUUUUGACUAGAGCGGGUAUUCCCUUCCUUGAUAAUAGCUUUUGAAUACUCAGUAGUUGCCGGGUAAGCUAUGUGCUUAGUUGCUUUUACAAAAGCAACUUUAGUUGUUCUUUAUCGUGACGAGAACGGUACAGCUGUGAAAUAACAUUCGAAACACUUUACUUGAAGUAGUUUAAAAUUAAGCGAUGGAAAGUUACCGUUACUCAGGGUCCUCAGGGAAAAUCCGACCCGGCGAAGCACUGAUAAGAACUCUGGUCUACACGCCAUCUGGCAUGUUUUGUUUAUCGUAUGCGAUCGUAUGCUAAUUUAGUACACCCACAAAUUCUGGGUGUUUGGUGGUCAUGUGGCCGGCCGAUGCCAGGGCCUUUUCCCGCCCCACCUCCAAAGCCCGGAAAAAGCGCCCUGGCCACGAGGUUGAGUUUUCCCAUAACUUGGAAGGAAAGCGACAAAGCGAGCAAAAUAAGCGCCAGCGAAAAUCCCGACGGAGGGUUGGAAUGACCCCCGGCUCAUCCCAUACUGUGGUGAUACUCUCCUCCAGGUCGCAUUUUUAUCCUAUACAAUUACGAGAAAUAUUAAUUGUUAAAGUAGUAUUUUGCUAACUGGCUGAAGAGUUAAGUCUGUAGUAUAGGGCAUUUUUUUUACUAGUCAUGCUGUAUUUGAACGAGCUCGUUCGGCGAUCGGAGCCAAAAUACAAAAGAUUAGUAAAACUAUUUCAGCCACCAUAGUGGUUAAUUGUCCAUAGGAGACCAAUUAUUCAACUUCGGUCACCUCAACACAAAUCUGGGUAUUUUUUUAAACGAAUUUUUCAAAUACCACUCGACCUUUCGCACACACCAAACGUGUGAAAUCGCUCACCGAGGCUGCACCUUUUAUCUUUUUGAAACCUCUCUCCAGAGUGCACGUGGUUUAGGACCCUGCUUGAAUGUGAUCGAGAUGGUAACGGAACUUGCACUGGAAUUUUAUUGUACAAUUUUCAUGUCCUGUCCACACGAAUUCGGGUAACAUAAUAUGCGGUUUCAAAAAUGUCUGGAUUCGUGUGGACCGGGUCUUAGAUUCAGUGCUAUUUCAUGAUAUAUAGAUUUAGACAGGGCUAAAAGCGCAGCUCUCGUUAAUAUAGUUGUAGUAUAGUUUACUCAAAGAAAAACAUAAAAAUGUGUAAUGCUAAACGGCAAUGGCAACGAGAACGACAAACAAAAAAGAUCAAUAGAUGUAAAGGUACCGUAAAACGAGCUACAAAAAACGGUAUUGCUGCAAAACGAGUUAAAUAACGAUGUUGUGCGUUUUGCCACCCACGACCAAAAAACCUUGCAACCUUAUUCGAACGUCAGUGGUAAAACACACAACAUCGCAAGAUUCAACUCGUUUUGCGGCAGUGUUGCAGACAAGUUGCACGUUUUUCGUUAACCGCUUUACUUGUUGGCUUCACACUAGAGCUUCAAGUAUAGUGUAAGUGUAUUUGGAAGCUACUUUGAGUGUGAAGGGGUAAAAUGUACCCACUUUACUUGGUGACCAUGGAAACUUUCGUAUUUCAAAGAAGCCGAAGUUCUCCCUAAAGUCUGGUCUUCACCACACACGAGAACACACAAUGUGCAAGACGUGCAGCGGUUCCAAGAUUCUAAUGAACGGAGAGAUUACUUGGCUUCACAUUAGAAGUUAAGUUAGUUUCAAGUGAGUACUUAAUUCAAUUGGUAGCCUUUACACUAGGCCGUCACGUAAGACGUGUUGGCUUCUAAGUUUUACUUAACCAAAGAUACGUGUGUGAAGGCCUUAGUAAAAUCUCAUGUUAUUUUACUUUGUAUCUCAUCAAAAUUGGAAAGUUGAAACGAUUCAAGAAAAGUUCAAGUGCCCUGAAAACCAUCCUUAACACUGACCUAGCGAACUUGCGGUUUCUUAAGCUUUGAAAAAGGCGAAGCAUGUCGAUCAAUCUUAAUUAUGUUGCUUGGCAAAAUAGCCUUAAGUUAACCUGAAGUAAAUUAAAAGAAACGGUUAUGUGUGAAGCUUAAUUUUACUUGAAGUAUUUAAAAUUUACUUGCAUGUCUCGAAAUAAUUCUUAGCUUCUUUAGGCUCUUGUAAAGACCUGCCAUUGACAGCUUUUACUUCAAGUAAUAUACUUUGUCAAUAAGUGUGAAGCCAUGUUUUUAGUGUGUAGGUGGUGGAUGGAGUUACGGACAGUCAGGUGAUUACCAAAAUUUAUCGCCUCGAUAGGUUAACAUUUUUUCUAGCCCAUGGUGCUCUGCUGCGCGGCUUCGUGCGAGCGAGAGCGCUUCUAUAACCAGGGGAUGCGUAAUUUAACCUUUCCCUUCUCGAAAGCUUGAUGCAAUGUUGUUGACAACUAGUUUGAAAUAGACUGGUUCACUUAGUAAAUCGAAUUUUUGGGUGUUUUCCUCUGCGCUCAGAAAUGUUUUUCUUUCGAACUUUUGCACGCAAGGGCAAAUGGCAAUGGAACAAGCAAUUGAUGAUUGUGAGGCUUUUGAUGGCCAUUUGGCUUUUACGCAUAAGCCCCCACUAAAGAAAAUAAAACAACAAAAAAAAAAGGUAAUAAGGGAUCAACUAGUUUGGAAGAAGAGCAAUUAUCAAGAAAGAACUUAUAAUUUACAUUCGCCUGAAAAAAAUCAUAACCCGUCAUUAGAAACUACUACGUUGAGUACUUUCGUCUUUAAAAUGAAUGGGUAACGAAGUCUGUUUAGUUAAUGUUCGGCAGGAAUUUCUUAUUGUUACACACUCCACAAGCCCAAACUAUAAACGAAGUUAAUUACAUUUACAAACUGAUUACAUCAGCUACAUUAGCACAUGGUUCGUCUACGCUCUUCCUCAAGGUAUAGAUAUACUCGCGUCACCCACCACUCACACGCCUGACACGCACCUACAUUACGGACCUUAUUUAUCUCUACUGGGAUUGAAUUUUAACUGUAAUUCCUAUUAAGACCUCAACUUCGAUAAAAUACAUUUGUUUUCGUCCCAGCUGUGUUUAGAGGAUAUUCUUUUCUGACUCGGCAACCCACCGCCCUUGAAAUGCCUAAUAAACCUUUUCUAUAUGUAUUGAUAUAUGACUCUUCACAGGUACAUCUGUUUAUCGAGUUGGAUUGCAAAAGGCCUUUGAUCUGUUGAAAGCUUCUGCUGUUGGUGAAACUGACAAAACUAAGAGGAGAAUUAUUUUAUUUCUCACGGAUGGUGAUCCAACAGAUGAUAGAGGUUUGAUCUUCAAAACAAUAAGAGACAGAAACUUGGAGCUGAACAACUCAGUCAUAAUUUUUACGUUUGGAAUUGGCACGCCUAACCCUGAAAUCCUCACAGACAUUGCCAAUCAAAAUACAACAAAGUAUGGCUAUUCGCGAAAUGUGUCCGUCGGAGAUAUAACGGUAAAGUACAUGUAGACCAGUUAUUUACAUUUCAGAUUUGCAAAGGCAAUUCGCUUACGGAAGGUACUGAGCUUCUUUGUCAAAUCGCAGACGCAGUGUGUAUAAUAUAACGACAUUCUUCGGUUUUCCGCGGCUACGAGAUUUUAAGAAAUGCUUAGCAUUCACCACGUUACAAACGAGAAGAAAACCAGGCCGAUUUACUUGUGCAAAGAUUUGUGGGAUUGCUACCAGCAACAGGGAAAAAAAGGCCAUUCUCGAGUCCCCCCUGGCCUCAGUAUCAAAACGAGGUUAAGUGCUCAGCCUUUGAUAUGGAAAUAAUUUUUCAUUCUCAAGCAAAUAAAACUCAUUUUCACAAGAAAGGUUGUGCACUUGGCCUUAUUUUGAAAGUGAGGGUUUUUGAAACUCGGAAGUGGCCUAUUGGCUCAUCGUGUCCUUAUUAACGAUCCCAGAAACAAUUGCGCGCAGGGCUCAUUUUAGCUCAUGUUUCCUUCUCAUUUCUAAAGUGGCAAAUAACAUGCAUGAACAGCAAUGAAAAUACUUUUGUGAAAUUAGAGCAUAAGGGAUCCUACAUUUUAAAGAAAAUCACUUUCUACCAUGGGGCGACAGAAACCUGUCGUCAUAAGCCUAGCGUCUUAUCUAGGAAGUAAGAGGCUUCUCGUCAAGGGUUGAAGGCGGUAAAGAGCUUAAAAGCAUAGUUUAUUUUUGCACCAGUUACAUUCGUGAUUGUGCUUCUCAAGAUGGUUCAGUUGAAUAUAUAGCUUUACGUUUGAUUUCAAUUAAGCUUUCCUGAAAAAGUUUUCUAAUACUUAAUUAGUUGCCGUUGUGGUGUGGAGGAUUCUAAGUCUAUAAAGGCCUGUUUACUUGGACGUGAGGGACGGCGGGUAGGUGAGGUAACCCACUUAGGUGGGGUAACCCGCCUGUCAUGUAAUCUCUCAUUUCAUUUUGAUCACGUUUGCAUGAUAGGUGGGGUGACCCACCACAUGUUACCUCACCUCUCUGGGGUCCUCCACCUCCAUGUAAAUAGGCCCUUAUUGAAAGCUUUUUUCUCCGCUUUUCCUUAUUAGCAUGGACAGUACACAGCAGUCACGGAAGAUAUUAACUUGCUGCCAACUAAGAUGGUAUCGUACUAUAACUUUCUUCCUCGAGCGCGGCUGGAUCAACCAAUAGUGUCUGUACCGUAUAUUGAUGCAUUUGGAACAGGUAUUGUUUGUCUGGUAAAUCACCUCGCCGUUGCCGUAGCAACGUUUCUAAGAUGGCCUUUCCGAGGUUAAAGGAUGUUUCGUAGGACCAUAUGACGUCAUUGCGAAAUUCAAGUUCCGCGAAUCAAAUCCUCGCCGAAUUUAAACACGGGAAGUGUUAUACCCAUAUAGAAGAUCCAAAUCACAAAAUUUCAAGAGGAUUAACAUUUAAUAACAAAAACAAAAGGAUACGUAAUCGACAAAUACUCAAAGUGAUAACUUAGUUUACUGCUAAGUUCCAUUUUGUAUCUUUUCUGUGUAAAGCAACGUAUGGAGUAUAGACUAGCUAUUAAAUUUAUCUUUUAAGCUAUUAACAGAGCUAGAUUCGAUCGUACAAAUCGUUCAGAAUAUCGUUUGUGCAGUCAUCAAAAUUGCAAUUAAUUGGUUCCUUGUAGUUCUCAUUAAAAAGGUUCUUGUAACGUUCCAACACUAAAACGUUUUUCAGGUCGAGUCUAGAUCAAUGGAAACAUAGUCAAUAACGUGAAAUAGUGAUGAAUCCUAUCGGAGUCCUUUGGUAUAUGCUUUGUUUUGUUAGCUUUUUUUUAACUUGACAGGUGCACAACUUUCAAUUGGUUUCAUUUUUGUUCUUAUUGACCAAUAAAAACUUUGCACUAAUUUAUUCAGUUACAAUUUAUGAACAAAAAAAAAAAGAUUGUGUGCAGUCAGGAAGUUGCAUGAAGGAACUUGAAUUGCGAAAUUUGAUGUCCUUUUCUCAUAUUUCCGUAUUCAAGAAAACGCGAAGAUAUAAAACCCAGCAAAAUAAAGUCUCGCCAAAAUCGCGAAGUUAAGUACCUGUGAAAUUAACUGUACCGAUAAUAUACUUGGUGACGGGGGACAGGUAAUAAUGUGUGGUCGAAGAAUGAAAGAGCUAGAGGAACAUUUUGUUUUUCUCUCGUCAGGUCUUUUGAUGUCGAUCACUCUUCCAUGCUACGAUGAAACAGGAAACUUCAUUGGCGUAGCAGGGACGGAUAUCAACCUGGAGGACCUUCUAUCUGACAUCACAUUCUUUAAUCAGGACCAGACAACCUACGCUUUUAUGAUCGCUAAAACAGGACGGACCUUAAUUCACCCUCUUCUUCCAUCACCUUCUGAAGCGUAUGAUGACCCUUUUUUCAUAGACAUUAGGACUCUGGAAACUGAUUCGAAGUUCCUUGAGGUGUUUGCUUCUAUGACAAGGUAUGCAUUCACGUGCAUUAGUUAUAGCUAGUCGCUCUUAUAGUUCUUUUCUUUUGUGUGCUGGUGUCAGUUGCCUCAACCCAUCAACAAGAGAAUGCUAGGUGAGCUGGGAAAGACGUGGAUGUCGUUUCGUGACGUCAGGGACGUACUAAUGUGUGUAAAUCUGUAUAAAAUUCUAGGUGUGAAAACGACGUUCUUUACUUUUAGCGCCAUUAAUGGUCCUCUAGUCCUCGGUUUGCUGCCUCGCCUGGAGAUUAGGGUGGGGUGGGCUGACAUUUAUGCUUUUAGUACGUGAAUGUAGGUGAAAUGUUGUCGAUGAUUCUUUAUUUGUUAUACACCCUUGUUGACUUGGGUGACUCUUCUGUUUUAAACAAACAGGGGUGAAUCUGGAUCAACAGCUUUCGUCGCCACACGAUAUUUACCUCGAGGCGGUGACAUCAAAGACGGAGUGGUAGUAAAGCAGCUUAAUUCAUCUUAUUUUUGGUCUCCUGUGGAAAAGACGGAUUUUUCCAUUGGUGUGGUUAUACCUGUUGCCCAUGAAAACGAGGUGUUAAACGCUUUACAAAUUCCCGAAGGUAAGGCUGGUUUCAAUUUGACAAGGUUAGCUCGUCAUCGUUUUGCAAUUCCCUUCUUGUCUCAUGAUGAUAGUCCAGGUCUUAAAGGAACAGUAUCCCGCUCCGUGAACACUUCGGCCAAUCUAUUUUUUCAUUUUUCCGACAAAAACGGGAAAAGGACAUGUUACUGAUCCUUAUCAUAUUUACAUAUUUUAAAGUACGGGAAAAAAAUAGGAGAAAAGAAAAUGGUCAGGAAAAUCGAUUAUUUUUUCGUUUUGGCUAAUUUUGAAGUUAAAUUCAAAAAUACAAAAAAUACUGUAAACGGCUAAAAGCGAUAUUUUGCUAUUUUUUGUUGUGCAAUUGUUAGAAAAUGAGAAAAAUGAAAUAAUCUCCAAUUCCUAACACUUUUUUCUCUUUUUUCGUUUUUCGCAAAAAAUAGAAAAAUGGAAAAAUGAAAAAAAUUAUAUUUAUUCGCACCAUUUUUUCAUUUUUUCCAUUGUGUUCAAGAAAUGAAGAAUAGAAAAAUAGCAUACCUAUCGCCCAAUUUUCCAUAAUUCCAUUUUAAUAAGCAAAAUGAAAAAAUGACAAGUGUGGCGUGCAAUUUUCUAUUUUUCCAUUUUUUGUAAUAAAUAGAAAAACUUUAAAACGAUACACCCUCUCAGACAGUUUUUCAUUUUUUAUUUUAUCGACAAAAGGCGCAGAAAAGUGAGAAGUUAUGAAUAUUUAACGGUGAAGAAAAGAAAAACCUAAUUCGUAUCCACUUUCGACUGACCAAUUUGGUUAGAAGAUUUGCACAGGGUUGACGGAGAUGUGGGGUAAUUUGGCGGUAGGGGCUUUAGUUUUCGAGAUGUGGACGUAGUUCCAUUCACUAUUGAAGUUGAUUAACUUUUCCCUGAAAGUUGUCGGACUGUGGAUGAAAGCAGUGGAAAACCGUACCGUACCGGCCGUGGAAAUCAAGAAUAUUAGAAAGGGGGCGAGGGAGGCGGAGGCGCAAAGGUUUUCAUGCCAGCAACACCCAGCACAAAAAGAGCAGUUCGUGAGAGAGAUUAAGGGGAAGGAGUUAAGAAGAAGGUCGUUGAACAGUCACAUGCACAAAAUAAAUAAAGAGCACGCCAGUAAAGACGUCAGACCCUUUUAAAUGAAAUAGAUGCUCAACAGUAGACUGCUUAUAGCCUGCCGAAAUAACGGAUCUUGCCGUAGAACGGGUGUUUUAGGAUUGCAAGAGUAAAUAUAUUGAGUUAAUAUUAUGGAGGAGAAACAUCACGAGGCGCCUGGUAUACACUCGCGGGAGAGAACAUCUUAAUGUUCUGGCCCCAUACAUUUGUUUAACGUUGGAUAACGACGAUCCACCGGAUAAAUCACUAUCCAGCGGCCUGAUAAUUUUUUAUGUAUUUUAGGGAAACCAAUUGCGUUAUCCAAUGGAUAGUUAUUUAUCCAGGGGAUAGUGUUCUCCACCUUUUUAGCAACUCAGCCCUGGAGAGACGAGAGCAAAGUUCGCAUGGGACACCCAUGCGACAAGUAUGGGGAAACGUUCCACAGUUUGUAUGCGAUAGGAAUACUUUAUGGUCACGCAAUGUUAGAACAGGUCACAGAGUGAGUCCUAAGUAAUAAGGUAAAGGAAUCAGCUAAUCAAAUCCAAAAGUGAAUAAAACUACGUUCGCAUUCCGAGAACUAAAGCACCCCCAUCCGCCCUCCCCAUCCCAAGUCUCUGCCGACCUGUGUAAAUCAUCUAACAAAAUUAGUGAGUCGAAAGUGGAUUAGGUUUACCUUUUCUUUAUUGGUAAGUAUUCAUGAUUUGUCAUUUUUCUUCGCCAUCUUUCAUUAAAACAAAAGAUGAAAAAUUGUCCGCUUUUGUUUGUUUGUUUGUUCUUUUUUUCUAUUUAUGGAAAUAAUGGAUAAAUUAUUCACAACACUUGUCAUUUUUUCAUAUUUUUUGUCAAAAUGGAAUUAUGGAAAGUCAGGCGACAGGUACGCGAUUUUUCUAUUUUUUCAUUUUUUGAACAUAAUGGAAAAAAUGAAAAAAUGGUGCGAAUAAAUAUAUUUUUUUCAUUUUUCCGUUUUCCUAUUUUUGGGGGAAAAUGGAAAAAUAGAAAAAUGAGUUAGGAAUCGAAGAUUAUUUCAUUUUUCUCGCUUUUCAAACAAUAAGAAUAGCAAAUUAUCGCUUUUAGCCGUUUACACUGUUUUUUGUAUUUUUGAAGAGGACUUCAAAAUUUGAAAAAUGAAAAAACGAUCAAUUUUCCUGACCGUUUUUCUUUUUUCUGUACCUUAAAAUAUGUAAAUAUGACAAGGAUAAGUAAUAUUUCCUUUUUCCGUUUUUGUUGGAAAAAUGAAAAAUUAGAUUGGCCGAAGUGUGCACGGACCCUAUCCCGUUACUGCGCAUCCACCAAACUUUGAUUUUUGGACAGGAUGUCGCGAAAUCAAAAGAUGCGAGGAGAGUAAGAGAACCUUGAAAAAUCCGUUUGCAUCGCGCUUGGCCAAGUUCAAUAAUACACUAAAACUUCUCAGGAUUACCGAUCAAUGAUAUAUUGUUCCUGAUUUGGGCAAAAUCUGGAUUUUUUGGCGUUACUUUUAUUGCCUUUGGCCGGAGGACCAAACGAUGGGAAGCGCUUUGAUGCCGAUUGAAGGCUUAUUUCUUCUGCUACUUCCAUACUAAAGCUCAGAUAAUUGUGAAAGGAAUACGCAGAAAUGAAACAGCAACAAUAAAGACUGUAAGAAAGAAACCAUUGAGACAUUGAUGUGACUGAGAAGAUCUUGUGGAGGGGAGCUUCUUGAAGCAGAAUGUUUUGCAACGACGCGUUAGUGAACUUCAGUAAAUGAAUCUCCCUACGGUCGACAAAAUCAAACAAACAGGCGCUACAUGUUCAGAAAAACUAGUUCCAUGAAAUCAUAAUAUAAUUUUUGACUAACCUUUGCGAUGAUUCAUAGCGUUGAGAUUGCAUUUUUAGUUUUGUCUUUUCGACGUUUGAGGUUAAAACGCGAGCAAAUCAGGCAGAUAUUACUGGACUUGGAACAACUGACCUCUGACACGAGUUUCACAUUAGGUUUUUAAAGCGAGCGGAAAGAGAUUUUCGGAUUGCGAGGCGGCCCUGCUAGCGAUAAAAUCGCGAUGAGUCUUCGUGUAGCGAGCCAAAUUUUAAAUAACACGAAAGAUUUCUUCGAAAGUCUAAAAUAUUGCUUGAGAAUAUAAACAACAGAUCUCCGUCGGCGGUGCGGUCCGGAGGGAAAUCUUGUUGAGUCAAUAUGACAGUUCUAUUGUCUUUUGAAGAAAAAAACAGAUGACGCUCCCGCGUGCGCAUAAUCGGGACACUGUCCCUUUAAGGCCAAAUGUCAGUUUGCCAGUUGUACUAGUUGUGAGACGCUUGGUGCUCAUGGUUCAUUAUUAUUGUUGCUGUUUUUGACUUCAUUUAUUUAGGUUAUACAUUCAACUAUCAUCGAAUAGACUUGGAUCCGCCACAAAAUCGUUGCUUGCAUUUUGGAAAGAUUGUAACUAGCGGUGCGUAUAAUUUACAUGUAAUGUUAUGUAACUUGUAAAUAAGAAUUACUUUGGACAGUUUUAAUCUGUUUUAGUAUAUACACACUCAGUGAUCUUGGUAAUUCAUGCAAUCUAAUCGGUUAGCUAUCUCGGACUAUGACGUUAUAUUAACCGCGCUAGGCGGUGAAUAUAAAGCAGAACACAAGUUUUGCCAAAGUUUCAUAGUAAAAUACACGAAUAUCCAAGUGCUGAUGACUCUGAAGGCAAGAAAAGACCUCAUGGUGUUUAAACAGCGUAAUUUAUUGUGAAGUGGUUUACUGUAGCUGACUUUUUGUACGCUCGAAGCUAUGUUUACCACUACAGAGGAAAACGAGGUCGCUUUGCCAUUGUUUUGUGAUUUCGGGAUUUUCUCGCAAGACCAAUUUUGCCUAUAAAUAGAAGUUAAUUUAUGGAGAAAAGAGGAAGGCAAUUUUUUUUCGAAAAUUGUACGUGCCAGCAAGUUAACAAGGCAAAGAACAUUGGAGAUAAACAACGCUCACCUUGAUCGUAGCCGCUGUUGAUAGCAUUUGCAAGAAGCAACAAAGAAAACUUCCUCAUUUACGGUGACUUGACAGAAACAAAUAAAGUUCUUCUUUUCUUCUCAGAAUUGGGUAGUAAUUUAAAUUUUCGGCGUUUUCUUUUAAACCGUUGAUGCUAAACCUUACAAGAUGAUGAUGUAGCGGAUGCUAAAAUUGUAAAUGCUCUUGGGUAGAUGAGACGGCCUCUGACCAAAUAGAAUUUACAGAUGACAAAGAAUACUUGAUAACAUUUGAAAAGAAGAAACCUCGAGAUGUUAGGUGGUGUUGCAGUUUAUCCUCUUGAUUAGAACGGAAAUCUUUAAGAACUAGAGGGAGGAAAGAUAUUAAGACGAAAUUUAUUGCGUUCUAGGAAAACAUUGCUCAGUGUUCCAGAUAUCGGAAUAUCAAGCCAUUUUCGAAUAUAGCCAUUCACUACAGAGACGAGAUGUUCCGUUGUUCAGGUUUUGGAUAUAUUAGCUAUAGUGAAAUGCCAGGACAGUUUAGAUAGGACAUAGCAGCUGUACAGAAGAAGUUUGUGUUUAGGAUGCAGUAGCUUUAUAUCAGUGUCAUUCAUCAAGUCUUGUACAAGAGAGGGCAAUUCAUAAUAAUAAUAAUAAUAAUAAUAAUAACAAUAAUAAAAAAAAAGAAAAAACUAUUCACUCAAAAACACUAUUUACAAUUCCUGUCGAAUUAAAUAGCACUUAAUUUAGCUUAAAAAAAGUUAAUGUAACUAAGAAAAAUUUUUUCGAAUUAAAAACAUUUCAUUUCAAUAAUAAAAAAAAAAACUGUCAACCUCUAAAAUUCAUGUAGUCAAAGAAUGAACAGAAUGAUUGACUUGAGUGACUGACGCUCUAGGUGCAUGGUUUGCGCCCGGCUGAUGCACAAAAAGAACACCAGCAAAGACUGUGAUAAUAGAGACAAUAAUAAUAAUAAUAAUAAUUUCCAAAAUAUGUACAUAAUUUACAGAAAAUAUUUGAAGUAAGAAUUAAGCACUAUAUGACAUUAAGAAUUAUAUAAAACAUAAAAAAAUACAGUCACUUUGUCAAUAACGAUUUCCCAAAUACAUUCCUUGCAGCUCAUAUGCGAUCAAUAACUCUUGCAGUCGGUCCAGCGUUUUAAAUUAAGUCAUUACAACAGAGAAUCAUCCGUCUCUGAUAUUAAAAAGGAACAAGUUAAAAAACAUUAAAAUCUCGUGUUCCUAAGUUCCUAAUGCUUUAAGAAGCUCUUAAAAAAAAUUAAAUGAAAAAUAAUAAUUAAUUCAGGCAGGCUCUUAUAUUUUCAAACUGUAGAUCUGAGUCAACAAAGUCUAGCUGUCGUCUUCUGGAUCUUGAGCCCUCAAGCAUAGUAUCGCAGAGCGUACGAUAACGAAAGAUACUUUAGCUCUUAUCCAGGAAAUUGCGUUUGAGUGACUUUCUCCCUUUUUAUUUGUGAUCAACUCCGCAAGCCUGCUGUAGUCUUUAACACACUCAUCCGCCAUUCCACCUGUGGUCGUGAAAACUAGGGGAGUGAAUGUUCCCUGUUAGAUCUCCAUUACAUUUUCCGUAUACUGCCUCUUCUUCUCGUUCUCAUGCUUCUUGUGGAUCGGCUUAGAAGUCAAGUCUCUGUAAGAGUCUACAUUAGGGUGACACACAUGAACGUCGAAGAACGCAGGUCUCUGUCUCUCCCAAAAACCUCGAGCGUGAAUAUCCAGACGGGCAUCGGGGACUUUGUUAGCGCCAUGAUUUAAUGUAUCCCCAUUGAUCUCCUGAAUGACCGGCUCUACUUCCACAUCAUUACAGACCAUCCUUAGCAUCUCUGCUUCCAAGUCGAACAGUUCGUUAUGGCGUUGGAUAAUGAAUCCGCUGCGCUGACACACCGUUGCGUGAUCCACGCUAAAUUGAACACCGCAUGGGCCGAUCAUGGGCGUGUCCAUAAUUUCCCAGUCGUACUGUAACUUGAUUGCCUCUCUAAAUUCCUCCGUAUUCAGAUUGUAAUCCAGCUCCUUGAGAGGAAUCACAGUCAGCCAAUUUGAUGAUCCCUUCUCUGUAGCUAACUCAAUAGCUCGCUUAGCUUUUGUCGGUAGGCAGUUCUUCACCUGCUCCAGCCUCUCACUUAGACAGACGUCUUUUUGUUUUCGCGUGCUCAGUUGCAGUGUUCAAAUUUCUGAGGCAUGUGGAGGCUGGUGCUCUUGCUCAACAAUUCGUCCCACGAGCGGAUUAGUAACUUUGAUUGAAGCCUCGUAUUCAGAAGAUGAGGUAACUACAGGAUCUGUAAAUCCAAGGCCUCCCAUGUGCACAAGGAGACCAAGGAGGUCGCGCUUUAAAUUAGUGACUCUAUGGUCAGUGACAGCUGGUUUGAGAACCUCAUUAAUCGCGUGCUCGAGUGGCUUGAGUAAUUCUGCAAUAUCCAAUGUCAAUGUCCAAUGGUGUCGCAGACCAAAAGUGAAGGCAGCAUAGCUUGCUUGAGGCUAUGAUAUGGUGAAAUCUGCGAGUUUAGUAACUUCGUUGAUCCAUUCGUCUACUUUCUCCCCAACAUAUUCUUUAAAGAACGAUCUAGAUCCUAGAGGCGUGCCUAAGUGCUUGUGGCCCUCUAUGGUGACGUUAAUAGCAGUGUCUCUAAACACCUCCCUGGGAGCCUGUUCUCGUUCCGGUUUGAUGAUCAAUCAACAUUUCUUGGCAUUAGGGAAGUAACCCAACGGAGGACCACUCUCUGAUAGUUCAUCCCACCAUUUCCUCACGUCUUGCAUGGAACCACUUCCGGUUGCGUCAUCAGCAAACCAACAAGGUUUUGCUGCGCUUGAGACGUGCAGUCGCGUUAUAAGUGGUUGAAGACUUAUGGCGUAUAGGCUCAUGGACAGAGGGUCACCGUGUGUGGUACCCUCUGCUGACAUUAGUUCUUCACCGCCGGUAAAAACACGCACAGGUUGUCUACAGGUGUUUAUCACGUAGGUAGCCAGGGUCGGACACAGCACUCGGAUAUUAUGUAGAGCGGCAGCUCUGUUCAGGGCGUUAAAGGCGUUUGAGGCAUCGAUUAACAGGGCAGCAUCCGUUUCAUCCGCCUCGAAGAUGUUGCGCAUUGCAUGAAUUGCAGCUUCACUUACACUUUUGUGCCCUGCACAAACUUGAAGGGAAUCACUUGCGUCAAUGACAUCGGGCUUUGUCACGUGCAUAACACACUUUCCCAUUAUCCUCCGCAUAACUUCUCCGACACCGAUCGGCCGAACAGCGCCCUCUCCUUUGUCCAGGGGGAUCAGUCGAUUCGCUAAAAUUGCCUCAAUACCAAGGGGAUCGAUAAAUUCAGUGCACAAGCGUCGGGUCAUUGUGGCUAUUGCUGCACACAGGUCUGUUCCAGAUUUCUUGAAUGACUUUAAUGCAAGAAUUCGCCGGAACCCAUUCGCAUCAACGCCUGAGAACCCCUCGAACCUUUUGUUCGCAGAGCCGCAUCCCGUACCAUUUCCCAUUUACCUGUUGGUAAAUUGAGUCUGGGACAUCUUCGACUGGUCCGAAAAGCAAAGAACCCAAACUGGUUUCCUGUGGACUUGGAUGUUUCUCUCUGAGCUGUGCCAUGACGUCAUCACUUAGAGGCAGGAUAUCCCCCCAGCGUUUUCACUGAGAUAACGCAAGGCCGAGUUGAUUUGCCCUGACAUAACAAGGUUUGUUAAGACUAUUGCUGUGUUAGGUGGAUCAACCCUCCGAGAGUUGCUGAGGCGCUUUUGAAUCAUCCUUCCUUCGCGCAGCAAUUUGUCGAUUUCACCGCCUUUUCACAGUAUCAGUCGCUUAGCGAAACACUCUUGGCGAACCCUAGCCUUUGUAAGCCGACUGAAGAAGUACAAUCGCUUUUUUAAGAGCAAUGGACUGCAUUUUUGAUCCGUUGUUCCAAAUUUUUAUAUGCUCUGUCAUUUUAUUAAUAAAUUCUCUUCCUACUUUCCAUAUGGGACGAGGAAAGUGUUUUUCCGCUAUUUUGAGAUCUCAUUAUAUGCAUUGUCAAUGGUUGACAAGCUGACUGUUAUAGUUCUUCCAUCAUCAUGCUGGCCCCACAAAAAAGUACAUGGUGCGUUAAUUGCUUCAUAAUUCGGCAAACAACCCGGCGCGUCAUUUAAAACCUUUUUCGAAGUUGAGUGAUCGCAUUCCUCUGGGCUUUGUAUAGCAGACAUAUGCAAAUCCAGAAUCAACUGAUUUGCAUUUUGACUUGACUUGCCUACGUUGUUUUGGUCUUGACUGGAUUCAGCUUUUUCGUCAGAGAUAAAAUUGUUAUCGAUGUUAGACGCAGAAUGAGUUGAGUGUAAAACUGUCUGCCCCGUCGCGCUCGUCUCCAUUAGAGCAUCCUGAUUCUUUUCUAGCCGUGAAGCUUGCACUCGCAGAUUUUGGCUUUUAAGUCCAAGAUUUCCGUAUCCUUUUUCUUCCCAUAACUCCUUCAUUACCUCAAUGUAACCCUUCCUCCUACCAUUCCUAUUAAACGGCGGAUUUCUAGAGGUAACCAGCUCCUGUGCUUUCCGUUUGCAUUCUAAAACAUCUGUGUUCAUUUGUUGCGUCCAUUUCACUUUGGAUUUCCUGGACAUUGUUGAGUUGGCAGUAAAUUUCGGUCGCAGUUUCAGUCAUUAAAUUAUAAAAAGAUUGCUUGACAAGCUCCAAGAAUCCUAGACACUUUUCCGAAUGAAAUCUAGCGUUCUAAACAUUGGCCUGCUUUCAAUGACAGCGAACUUUAUCGGAGCUUGUAAACCACAUCGUCACUAGUCGUCGACCAUGAUGAUGAUCACGUAUUGCGGUCGUACUUUCCAGCUGGCAAUUUAUUAAUAAUGAUAGUAAUAAUUAUAAACGGUGGCCCAUGUGGUGAGUGAAUGCGGUAAGUUGGCGCAGACAAAAUAUAAAGGAAGGCAUGAUAACGUGGCACGGUAUAUCCACUGGCAACUUCGUCGUAAAUGUGGAUUGAAAAGAGCUAAUAGCUGGUAUCAACAGAAGCCGGAGGGAGUGGUGGAAAGUGAAAACUUCAAGAUACUGUGGGAUUUCACACAGUGUGAUCGGAAAAUUGAGGCAAGAAGACCAGGCAUUCUCUUUAUUGAUAAGAAGGAGAGAGAGGUUGUUAUAAUUGAUGUUGCCAUUGUAGGUGAUGACAGGGCGAAAGAUAAGGAACUUGCAAAGUUAGAGAAAUACCAACUAUUGUAAGACGAAAUUGCAAAAGUCUGACGCAUGCGGAAAGUCAUUGUAGUGCCUGUUGUUGUUGGAGCCCUUUGAGCCGUAUCAGUCAACUUUAAGUAGUAGUAGGAGCACUUUAAGUAGUAGGAGUAAAUGAAGCGAAUCGGCGAGAACGUGAGGUUGGAAGUUAUCCAGAAAACAGCAUUGUUGGGGACAGCAAAGAUACUAAGGAAAGUACUGUCGCUGUAAGAAGAAGGAAAAGAGAGAUCUGAGACUCGUGGUGACUUGUUGUAACCCGCUCCCGAGGACUAUAAACCAGGCCCAACAUCCUACCUGAUCUACAAGGAAUGGACAUAAUAAUGAUAAUAAUAAUAAUAAUAAUAAUAAUAAUAAUAAUAAUAAUAGUGAUGAUAAUCAUCACCAUAAUCAUAAUCAUCAUCAUCAUCAUCAUCAUCAUAAUAACAAUAACUGAGCUAAUUCUCGCGCGCUGAUUGGUCGAGAGGUAUGGUCAGUCGAUAGGAAUACCGACUUUGGAAACAACGUGAUGGUGGCGCAAUUUCUUUCUUGCGUGCGAGAUUUUCAGAGACACUUCAACGGAAAUGGACGUUAAAACCUGCCAAUUUAAAGAAACAAAUCAAUAAUUUUUAUGUUCUGUGCUCUUAUCGACCAUAGGAAUGAAGUCAAAAAGUUCAAAAAGACUGUGCAGUGAAAACAAUUAGCCUGCGGUGUCGAUUUGCAAUUGUUUUUGUUUUUACGUUCAUUUUGUUCACGCAGGUACAACCGUUGUUAAAUUUGCCCCACUGGCAUUUUUGGACCCUUACAGUUACAUUGGCAUGAACGAAACCACAGUUGACGUGAGAAAGCUGCACGAUUUUAUGAUGGGAAAAACUACUACGAGUGACUAUCAAAAGUUGAGACCAGGCAUCCGUGACACCGUCAUCGCUACCUGGAAGGCGGAAAAACUGUGGCUACGUGAUAAAACUCAGCUUACUCAAUACUUGGUUUAG